UACAUACUUUACCGCCGCGAGAGAAGACGGGGAUGCAUUGAUUUCGAACAAUACCAAAUAAGCUCAAGCUUCUCUCUGAAUCAGCGUGGUUUAUUUUCAUCCUCCGUACAUUUUUUGGAUGUAAGGAGACUCCCCACAAGAAAAAUGCCAACAUGCAAUACUCCAAAAGGUCAAAAACAUUUAAUCUGAUAUUCUGGACAGUCUUCAUCACAUGAGAGUGGACCUUCCUGGACAAAAUGAUACACAAAGCAAUAGUACAUUAGGGGAAAAGCCAUCACUUUCUGACUUUCCCGUCACCAUCAAGUCCCCACUUUAGGGAUCUGUCUGGAAAAAAAUACAGCCAAGAGAAAGGAGAAUAGACGGUGGAUCUUAGUGGUUUUCACACUCAGGCUACUGAAGAUGCUUCAAACCAGUAACUACUCACUGGUGCUGCUGAUCCAGCUGACACUGCUGACCUAUGACCUCUUAGUCAACUCCUUCAGUGAACUUACAAGGGGAGAGCCUGUCGUCCAGCUAGUGCUUUUUAUAAUCCAGGACAUUGCCAUCUUAUUCAAUGUGAUCAUCAUCCUGCUGAUGAUGUUUAACACGUACGUGUUCCAGGUUGGCCUGGUAUCUCUGCUGCUAGAGAGAUUCAGGGCAAUGCUGUUCUUCUCUGCCCUUUACCUGACACUCAGCAUCUGCUUCCACUCCUGGGUGUUGAACCUUCGAUGGCUUAAUUCAAACCGGUUUGUGUGGACAGAUGGUCUUCAAUCUCUAUUUGUUUUUCAGAGAACAGGAGCAGUGUUGUAUUACUACUUGUACAAACGCACAGCUGAGUAUAUGGGAGACCCCAGGCUCUAUGAGGACUCUCUCUGGCUGCGUGACACCUUUGCCAGAGCCCGUCAGUGAAGACACAGUUUAGUAUUGAGGAGGACAUAGUAGAUCAUUAUAGUUUGCUUUAAUGAAAAGUGGACCUUUUCUUAUUGUUUAUAAGCUUUGACAUAACAGUCGAACACAAGUUUGAUGUUGAACACUGAUAGUAACCACUGAUGGGUAAUGGGUGUUUCAGGUUUUGUGUUUAUUCGCUCAUUAUUGCCAAGUGGGCAGUUGUUAAAAUGGUUUACCAAUUAAGAUUACCAUGGUAUAUGUUGUAUCAUUUUAAUCUGGAAUGAUCUAUGUGGCCUUUGCAAUAAAUUUGAUUUGUACAAAGCAUUUUACAAUGGAAGACAAAUAGCUUUGCUGGAAAAUGAAUUACUUCCCUGCAAAGCAAGGAAGAGGUUGGUUUAUUUUGUCUUUUGUGAGACAAUUGUGUCAUUUACAUGAUACAUAAGGAAACUUUCAAGUGAAUCUGGCCAUCUUUAUGCGGGGACGUUUGAAUUGCAUUCCUACUGCGCAUAAUAAAUAAUCCUUCUGUAA